GGGCAUACGAAAAGAUGUCAAAAAAAGUCGUGGGCAAAAUAAAAAUCAGAUCGACGUGUUCGCAGAUUUUGAAAGAAAAUUUGGACAGGAUAAGUGUGCUGUUUUCCGCCUGCUUAGAUGAAAACGGUGCCAAAGAAGGCUUAACUUUUUACGAUGUCCUUUUGUUGGUUCCGGGGGAGGCUGACCGAACUUUGAGUGGCGAUUUUUUGAACAGACUACAGAAAUAUGUAGACGACAUUUGCGGCGAGGGAUGUUGCGCGUUGGGCGGUGGUGCCGCGGGCGGCGAAGACUCGUGCUACGACUCCGACUACGAGGUGGAGACCGCCACCACGAUCACCACACCCGGCAGCCACCAUCACCACGACGUGUCGCGAACCACCAGCGACACCUUGGCGGCGGAAUACGCAGACUACGUGCAGUCCGCGCCCUGCCACCAGGGGGCGGCGGACUCCUCCCCCGGAUACACCGCUAGAGUGGAGUUCGCGUUGAAGCUGGGCUACACCGAGCGCUUGGUGCAGUCCGCCCUUCAGAAGCUGGGCCCCGCGCCUGAGCAGAACGAGCUGCUCGCAGAACUGAUCAAACUGGGGGCGCAGAAGGGCGGCGCGGGGGGCGGCACCUCGUGCGACAGCAGCCCCACCGACAGUACGGGCGACGUGACCGAGCUGCACGCCGAGCUGGACGCGCUGGCCUCGCAGCUUAGGCCCAUCGUCAUAGAUGGCAGCAACGUCGCAAUGAGUCAUGGUAACAAAGAGGUGUUCUCUUGCCAGGGCAUCCAGAUUUGCGUGGACUGGUUCAGGGCGCGCGGUCACAAGGACAUAAAAGUUUUCGUGCCUAAGUGGCGGAAGGAGGCCCCUCGGCUCGACAACCCCGUGCGCGACCAGGACAUCCUGGCCGAGCUGGAGCGCGACCAGAUUUUGGCCUUCACGCCGUCCCGAUUGGUGGGUGGCAAACGAAUAGUGUGCUACGACGACAGGUACAUACUCAAAUGGGCGGCAGAGACAGACGGUAUAGUCGUCAGCAAUGACAACUACAGGGACUUGUGCCAGGAGAAUGCCGAGUUCAGGAAAAUUGUCGAAGAAAGAAUCCUGAUGUAUUCGUUCGUAAACGACCACUUUAUGCCCCCUGACGAUCCCUUGGGGAGAUCGGGCCCGACGUUAGACAACUUUUUGCGAUCUCAGCCUAAACGUGGCAACCCGCCCCCGCCCUGCCCGUACGGCAAAAAAUGCACGUACGGCAACAAGUGCAAAUAUCACCAUCCGGAAAGGGGGCAGCUGCCGCACAAAAGCGUGACUGAAAAGCUGUUCGAGCACGCGCAACGCCAUCUCUCGGCUAGAGAGGGCGACGUCAGAAAACUUCCUCUAGGCAGGACCCGUUCUAACGUCCCGCCGCCCAAAGAGACGCACCACGCCCUCGUCUCGAAGAGCCGCAGCGUCGACAACGUCGGGUUCUCCCACCAAAACUCGCCGGCAACGCAGGAGAAUCUGCACCGGAAGUUGCAGCGGCAACUCACGCUCAACCCCGGUGGUUCUGAUCCGCGAUUGGCGCGCAGAACGUACGCGCCUCAGGUUUCUCAGCAGCAGCCAAUGAGCCCGCCGUAUUUGACCGCCGCGCACGCGAACUGGGACGUGCACCAGCACGUGACCAGGAUCGCUUCUGCGCCGGACUCCUACAGGCAGUGGCCGCCGCAGCCGCAUCCUCAACACGCGAGGCACAUGCAGAGGAUCUCCAGCUGCUCGGAUCCGCAGCUGAACGUGUGGCCGCCCCCGUGGGGGCCGAGCGCCGCCGCCGCCAACCAGGAGGACGCCCGCAGAAAACUUCACUACCACCUGAAGGCGAUUUUUCCCGAAGAGCAGGUCACUGCGGCCAUGCAGAUGUACCCGGAGGAAACGAACCCGCAAAAAAUUUGCGCCGCCAUUUUGUCGAUGUCGAAAACUACGCCGUAAGUUGUGUGAUUUUUUAAAAAUGUUUUUGCGUUUGCACGUUUUUAAGGGACGUUCUAUGAAACAAGAUGGCAGGGUAUCUAGCAUUUUUUAAUAGUGUUUUUAACCUUCUUAAAUUAUUUUUUACAUUCAAAAAUGUGUUUUUAACAUUUAAAAAUGUCUUUUCAACAUUCUUAAUGCUUUUUAUGGGGUCAAAUUGAAACCCUUAAAUUGUGUUUUUGACAUUCUUAAGAAAAAUCGCCAAAAUUGUCUCACGUAAUUAAUGAACGGCCCCUUAUGACAAAAGCUCGACAUCUCGGAUUUU